AUGGCUCGUGUUCCACCAAAUCAGCCGAGCAAACGUCGCACUAAGCCUUCGAGGCCGACUUCUUCCAGCAAGAAAUCUGGGAAAAGUCCUGGUCGAUUUUAUUCGAAUUCCGCGAAGCAUUCAACGCCGCCUGCGCCAGAAAGCCCGCCAGAAAGCCAUGAUGAUACAGAGCAGCACGAAUCGACAUCGUCGUGUUCCCCGUCUUUGUCCAUUCUAAGCAAAUCACAAAGCAGUUCCUCUACAAGUAGACCACAAAGCAAUAAUCCCUCUCCAAGCAGUGCACGAAACAGUUAUUCCUCUCCAAGCAGUUCCUCUCCGAACAGUACACAAGACAAUUCCUCGCCGACUUCUAUCGCCCCGCUGGUUCCUGGUUCCCCGUCUUUGUCCAUUCUAAGCAGAUCACAAAGCAGUUCCUCUACAAGGAGACCACAAAGCAAUAAUCCCUCUCCAAGCAGUGCACGAAACAAUUAUUCCUCUUCAAGCAGUUCCUCUCCGAACAGUGCACAAGACAAUUCCUCGCCGACUUCUAUCGCCCCGCUGGUUCCAAGGGUUCCAGGAAACGAUCGAAGCAGUGCUAAUCGCCUUCUUGAACCCCUAAAUUUGGCGUCUGCGCUAGUUGAGGUACCUAACUCUCGUGAAGAAGAUCUUAUGACCAAGCUUGAAGCUUUAUUUGAAAGCCAGAAAGAACUGUUUGAAAAACACGCGCAGCGGGUGACAGAGCAACAGCAGAAAGGGCGGGAAAAUCCUCCGAAAAACAAGCGUCUACCUAAGGAGCUAUCGGUAAGUUUCAAGUCUAAAUACCACCAGCAUAUAUGUCUGUGUUUUCUGUCUCAGUUUUUGGGUAUCUAUAUUUAUUUUUAUGCUUUCAGCAAACCAUGUUAUCUACUUGUUAAUGGUUGCAAUUUUUUGUAUGAACCCUGCUAGACACUAAAACUAUCUUUAUGUAAAGGAUAAGAAAAAGCAAAUCAUUCAACGCAAAAAUUUGCUUAAUGAUAUUCAGUCUAAGAUAAACAAAACAAAUGUCAUUUGGUCAAAAGUUGUGCAAAAAGAUAUGGCCCUUUCUAGCCAAGAGAGAGCAAGUUAAAGUAAAAUGUUUCCAAAUACAACCUAUAGCAAGAGGUUUCUCCUUGCAAAGCAUAGGGUUAGACAAAAAAUAGUGAGAAAAUAUAAAUAUUCAUUUCCCUGUACGUUUUUCUUUUAUUUCAGGCCAAUGUGAGAGAGGUCUAUUCAAGCUUGACUGGGGUAGAUGGAAAAGAGCUCACGUGGGAUUUUUCUCAGAGGUUAUUUUUUUUAGCAAAUGCCUUUUUACCUCAGUUAAAACUAAAACGUCUGGUACACUAACAUCUUGAUUGUUGUGGUUCUACAGGUUUAUUUUACCAUUUGUUUGUUUUCAGUUUUCUUCAGUGAUGGUUACUAUAGUCGCAAGGUCUAAAUUUGGGUUUUCGUUUUGUGAGGUUUGCUUAACUUUGCAGGCCAUCAUUGUUUUACACCAAUAUAAUUCGGUGACGUGAACUUUGCAAGUCCAUAAUUCAGCGGGGUUUCUGUCUUCAUAAAUUUUACUGUCAAAACUCUUUGGUUCAGUGAUAUUGUGAGAUCUUAAUUUUGAUUCAUUUUGCGAGUGACGGCAUUUGCCAGAUCUUGAAGCACAAGUGUCAUCCUGAGUGACCAUCAUAUUAUUGUUCCACUUUUAAAUGACAAGUGAUUCUUCUUUCAUAAAUUUCACUAUCAAAACUCUUAUGGUUUAUACAUAUGGUACAGUGAUAAUGUGAGAUCUUAAUUUUGAUUCAUUUUGCGAGUGACGGCAUUUGCCAGAUCUUGAAGCACAAGUGUCAUCCUGAGUGACCAUCAUAUUAUUGUUCCACUUUUAAAUGACAAGUGAUUCUUCUUUCAUAAAUUUCACUAUCAAAACUCUUAUGGUUUAUACAUAUGGUACAGUGAUAAUGUGAGAUCUUAAUUUUGAUUCAUUUUAUGAAAGUGACGGCAUUUGCCAGAUCUUGAAGCACAAGUGUCAUUCUGAGUGACCAUCAUAUUAUUGUUCCACUUUUAAAUGACAAGUGAUUCUUCUUUCAUAAAUUUCACUAUCAAAACUCUUAUGGUUUAUACAUAUGGUACAGUGAUAAUGUGAGAUCUUAAUUUUGAUUCAUUUUAUGAAAGUGACGGCACUUGCCAGAUCUUGAAGCACAAGUGUCAUUCUGAGUGACCGCUGUAUUAUUGUUCCACAUUUUAGUGACAAUUGCAAACCUCAUUAUUUAUACUUGUUGUACAGCUCAAUGAUGUUGCAGGGUCUUUUUUCGUUCUUUUUGAGAGUAAAGGCUUUUGGUAUAUCAUGCCAAGUAACCACAAUUAAAUGUCUAUUCUUCUAAGCAACUUGUGGGUUGCCUUUUAAUUAAAUUUUUUCCGGUUCUGACUGGUUUCACAGUUUACGUGUAAUUUGGUCAGGGCUGUGCUCUAUUAAAGCCUGGUGACCUGUGGCACCCUGCUCUUAAACUGUAAAUGACAAGAUAAAUUUCUUUCAGUUUUAUUUACAGAGACACUCAGAGCAGUCACCAAGAGUGUUACAUGUAAAAACAUGCGAUAUCAUUGUAGUAUAAAAUGACAAUUAUUAAGUUAGCCAUUAUUCAACUCAGACAUUUUCUUUUAUCUUAUUUUUUUAGCUUCUCUGAUCCCAUUAACAAAACUGUUAAUGCUGCUAUUGUGGAUGGUGUUCGUAGCACUGACAGCACAACCCAUAUUUACACUAUAAAGGGUACGUAAUGGAGAAAUUAAUUUAUCUGCUUAACAGUACUUAAACUUGACUUAAUUCCUCUUCUUACCGAGUGUUAACAGUUUCACAUCAUGCCACAUUUUUCAAGUGUUUUUGCUGUGCAUCCAUUCUUGCAGUGUGGUGUUGUCAUGCAGUGUUCCUGUUUGUUUGUUUAGACCAACAGCGUUAGCUGACUUACAGUUAUUGUCCCCCAUUAACUAACAAAACAGUAUUUUCAGUAAGAUGUCUGGGCAUGGUAAAGGCAUUUCCUUUUCUUCCUCUCCCCAUCAUACUUUUUUGCUUACCCUCACUCAUAUCCUGUGCUUAAUGCGCUUCUUGGCUAAUAUGUAUACAGAUAUGACUUCAAUGCCAAAACAAGCCAAUGUGAAAGAGUUUUUGAGGCUCAAAAUAAAUGCAACAUAGUGUUGACCGUGUGAGUUAAUUUUUUUAACUAAUUAUUUAUAAAUAUAAAGUAAUUGUGUAUUGUCUUUUAUCCCUUUAGCUGCGAUGCGUGUUCAUUUUCGCACCAAAAAACGGCAGCAAAAGAUCAUAGACAGCAACAAGAAGGCAGAUGUCAUGAAGGGACAACGAAAGAGAAGCAGAAAAAACUUGGCAAGUAUAUUUUGUUAAAAGGCAAAUAAAUUACUAUGCUAUUUUCUAUAAUCUCUUGUGGAAAAAUUGGAACAAGAAAGGAAUAGUGUGCUUCGUACUUUAACAAAUGCAGAAUCGACUGAGAGGCAUUUCUGGUUUCUACUUUAACACCUGUUGCAAAAAAAUAUUAUUUUAUAUGUACUUCAUAAAAAAGCUAGUAGGAAUAAUAUACAGGAAGAAUUCGUUUAGCAUUGCAUCAUUGUUCUGCAACUCAAUCAUGUUUAUGCUCGGUAUGAGUAGUACAUGUAUGUUUAUUAACUUUGGGUUACUUGUUGGCUGCUGGCUAAGUCUUGCUCUUCAUUUUUCUUUCAGAAAAAAAAUAAAAGGGCCAAAGCUCUGAGGGACUCUACCAGCAUCAGCCAGUCAGACAAGGACAAGUACUGUACAUGUAUGUCUGUUGAGUAUAUGUCCUCAGAGGAGUCUUUGUCUGAACCUGAAUCAGGAAGACAUGACGGCAAUUCCUCAGGUUUAGAUGAGGACCUCCCAAACAGGAAAAGAAUCUGUGUGAGACCACUUCUCUGGCAAAGCACAGAGUUGAAUGGUUUAAUGGCUCGGUUGGACCGCAAAAUCACCCGACGUCAAAGCCAACAGAGUGCGAGUAUGGUUAUAGAACGCACAGUGGGACCAGCAUCAAACUGA